GCGUGGUUUCCUGGCCCCGCCCCCCACGUGCCUCUGGCAGUUUGGGCGAAAGGCGGCGAUCGAGAGGCGCGGAGAGACGACAUCGUGCAGCAGCUGAAGCCAUCGGAGCGAGCCUCGACGAGAGACCCGGACGACGCCAGGAACGACGUGAGCUCUGUACACAACGCUGCUCUGCAAGUCACUGCCAUGGAGAUGAGCAACGCUGAAGGUGGAAGAAAUGGCGGGUCUUGCGACACUGCGGUUACUUCCUCCAUCCGGAGAAGAUCACCCAAAGAAAUCCUGGGUCUUAUUGGCCCUCAACUAACUCGCCGAGAGAAGGCAGAACUUGCCGCCAUGAAAGACAUCUGGUACUAUACGUUCUACAACGAUUCCCGGGGCACCAAUAACUAUGGCUACGACGACGAAGAGCAUAAUUACAUUCUGGACCCACAUGUGCACCUCAACUACCGUUAUGAGGUGCUCAAGACAAUUGUGGUGGGAGGUCAAGGCCAGGUCAUCGAGUGUCGUGACCACAAGACAAAUAACAUCGUGGUCGUGAAGAUGUUGGUCACACCCUUAAGCUCCACGGAUGAAAUAUUGGAGAUGGGGCUCAAGAGGGCUAUGGAACGUCAACGCAAGGAAUAUAACCAGGACUCCAAUGUCGUCAAAGUCCUGGAUGAUUUCACUUUCAGAGGGCACUACUGCAUCGUGCUGGAGCUGUUGAACUAA